AAAGAAGAAGAAGAAGAAGAAGAAGAAGACAAACAAGCUUAGACAGAGUUAAGUCAGGUAGACACCAUUACCGUCCAACCUUUAGGAGCUAGCGUUAAUCAUAUUAAGAUUUAUUUCGAGCAGGCUUACAUCGCCUUAGCUUGUGGGCCGAACUAGUCGCAACUAACGGUGUCUUAACAACAAGCUCAGACCUCCGCUAGCUAGCUAGCUGAAUGAAUGUGUACUAGUUGAAUAGACAGACUAACGUCAGGCAUGGGAGGGCGAAGAUAAGCAAUUCCAUAGUUUCGAAUGGGAGCCGCCCACUGAUGUAUGAACACAAGGAGCCACCACGGGGGCAGCAGUAUAAGGGGGUCCAAGGAGGAACAGCUGACCAAACCAGGACCAGAGGAAAGUCCGGAUCGGACCCGACCAUCGUGAGUACGAUGGGAGCGGUUCUACACUGGCUCCAAGAUGUGGCAUCGGUGACUCUCCUCAAGGCACGGCGGACUUUAUUUCAGGCUGCCAUCCUGUUCUGUGUCCUGCUGCUGCUGCUAUGGGUGUCCAUCUUUCUCUACGGAAGCUUCUAUUACUCCUACAUGCCCAACGUGAGCUUCUCCACCCCUGUGCACUUUUACUACACCUCCGACUGUGACGCCUCAGACUCAGUGCUGUGUUCAUACCCCACGGCCAACAUCUCUCUCAUGAAGAACGAGAGGGACCAAGUGAUGGCUUACGGUCAGCCGUAUCGAGUGUCUUUGGAGUUGGAGAUGCCAGAGUCUCCGGUGAAUGCAAACCUGGGCAUGUUCAUGUGCAAGAUAUCUUGUUACACCAAAGGUGGGAAGACCGUCUCGUCAGUGGGCCGAUCUACAAUGCUGCAUUACCGCUCCAGCCUUCUGCAGAGCCUGAGCACUUUACUCUUCUCUCCUUUCUUUGUGACUGGGAUAGCCGAAGAGAAGCAGCUCAUAGAAGUCGAGUUCUUCUCAGACUACAAGACAAAUGCUUUUCAACCCUCUGUCGGUGCGGUCAUCGAGAUCCUGUCCAAACGAGUGCAGAUCUACUCAUCUCAGCUCCGUAUCCACGCUUACUUCACUGGCGUACGAUAUGUUCUGUUCAACUUCCCCCUGACAUCCGCAUUUGUCGGCAUCGCCACCAACUUUGCCUUCCUCAGUGUCAUUGUGCUGUUCAGCUACCUGCAGUUUGUAUGGGGCGGCAUCUGGCCGCCGGACCAAGUCAGAGUCAAGGUUAUGAUGGGGGAUAACACCCGCAUUCAGCAGAGGAGAGAGGAGGCAAGGAAGCGCAUGGAGAAGGAAAACUCGCAGAAGGACCUCAGGGCUCCCCAAGUGAUCGGAUCUGUGAAUGAGGCAUCUGAUUUCCAGGGAAGUGACACGGUGGCAGGGACGUCGUCAAAGGGGCCCUUAGAAGUCACGGAUGCCUCUGGGGCUGAUGUGGCUGGUACCACGGAGGAAGAGUCUCCUCACUCCAAGGGGCCCGAGGAGGAAGAGUCUCCUCACUCCAAGGGGCCCGAGGAGGAAGAGAGCUCGGACGUGUUGGAUGGAUCUCAACAGGGUGAGACGACACUCCGACAGAGACCUGGGCCGUGGAUGAGCCUGUGAAAACCAUGCCACUGCACACGACAAAAGCACUUGUAUUUGCACUAGUUUAUGCUCAAUGUUAACGAAAAUAUAGUACAUGCUUUGUUUUAGCUAACAAACUACUGCGUAUUGUCUCGUGUUGAGUCCUCGACCUAAUUCUAACUUUGACCUUGUGUCUUUCUGCAUAUUGUCUACAGUCUUGUGUUUUACCAUCUUGAGUUUUGAUAUUGCUCGCAUCAGGAGAGAACACAUUCCAGCUCUGGCUUGCCCAACAAAUUAUAGUCUUACCAUUCAGGUUUUCGCCAACAUUUUAACACGCCCUUUAAAAGUCAGUUAAACUGCAAGGUUGCUUUUUCUCAUAUCACGGCCAGCCUUCAAUAGCUGAAUGCACAAACCGUGACAUUUCCCCCAUGAUAAUACAAGUAGACAGUAACUCUUUAUUACCAGUUCAUACA